GGCCGCGCGGGCCCUCGCCGGGAGAAUGGACGGGGCCGGGGAGCGCAGCCUCCCGGAGCCGGGCAGCCGGGGCUCCCGGGCGGGAGACGACAUGGAGAUCGUCGUCAACGUGGGAGGCGUGCGGCGGGUGCUGUACGGAGACCUCCUCAGCCGGUACCCCGAGACCCGGCUGGCGGAGCUCAUCGACUGCUUGGCCGGGGGCUACGACACCAUCUUCUCCCUGUGCGACGACUACGACCCCGGGAAGCGCGAGUUCUACUUCGACAGGGACCCGGACGCGUUCAAGUGUGUCAUUGAGGUGUACUAUUUUGGGGAGGUCCACAUGAAGAAGGGCAUCUGCCCCAUCUGCUUCAAGAACGAGAUGGACUUCUGGAAGGUGGACCUCAAGUUCCUGGACGACUGCUGCAAGAGCCACCUGAGCGAGAAGCGCGAGGAGCUGGAGGAGAUUGCUCGCCGCGUGCAGCUCAUUCUGGACGACCUGGGCGUGGACACGGCCGAGGGCCGCUGGCAGCGCUGCCAGAAGUGCGUCUGGAAGUUCCUGGAGAAGCCCGAGUCUUCGUGUCCGGCGCGGGUGGUGGCCGUCCUGUCCUUCCUGCUCAUCCUCGUCUCGUCGGUGGUCAUGUGCAUGGGCACCAUCCCCGAGCUGCAGGUGCUGGACGCCGAGGGCAACCGCGUGGAGCACCCGACGCUGGAGAACGUGGAGACGGCGUGCAUCGGCUGGUUCACGCUGGAGUACCUGCUGCGCCUGUUCUCCUCGCCCAACAAGCUGCACUUCGCCCUGUCCUUCAUGAACAUCGUGGACGUGCUGGCCAUCCUCCCCUUCUACGUGAGCUUCACGCUCACGCACCUGGGCGCCCGCAUGAUGGAGCUGACCAACGUGCAGCAGGCGGUGCAGGCCCUGCGGAUCAUGCGCAUCGCCCGCAUCUUCAAGCUGGCGCGCCACUCCUCGGGGCUGCAGACCCUCACCUACGCCCUCAAGCGCAGCUUCAAGGAACUGGGGCUGCUGCUCAUGUACCUGGCCGUGGGCAUCUUCGUCUUCUCGGCCCUGGGCUACACCAUGGAGCAGAGCCACCCGGAGACCUUGUUUAAGAGCAUCCCCCAGUCCUUCUGGUGGGCCAUCAUCACCAUGACCACGGUUGGCUAUGGUGACAUCUACCCCAAGACCACCCUGGGCAAGCUCAAUGCAGCCAUCAGCUUCCUGUGUGGGGUCAUUGCCAUUGCCCUGCCCAUCCACCCCAUCAUCAACAACUUUGUCAGAUACUACAACAAGCAGCGAGUCCUGGAAACGGCAGCCAAGCACGAGCUGGAGUUGAUGGAGCUCAACUCCAGCAGUGUGGGCGAGGGCAAGACAGGGGGCUCCCGCGGCGACCUGGACAACCUCCCGCCAGAGCCCGCCGGGAAGGAGGGGCUGAGCUGGAGCAGCCGGCUGAAGAUCUCCCACAGCGACACCUUCAUCCCCCUGCUGACCGAGGAGAAGCACCACAGGACCCGGCUCCAGAGCUGCAAGUGACGAGGGACGACCUGGGCACAGACGGACUGGGCUGGUGGAUGGAUGGACGGACGGGUGUGACAGGCCUGCCAGUGACUGCCCGGGAGGGGCUGUCCUUUGUCCCCCAGCCCUCUCCAGAACAGAACUCUGAAGGCCCUCUUGGGCACCUCUGAUGAGGCCGGGUAAGAUCCCUUUGUGUUUCCGGCUG